ACGUUGAGUACUGCAAAACAAGAUCGUAUGACAGAGGGAUUAAAAGGCAGAAAAUACAUUUAUAUUAAGUACAGAUGUAAGUUCAUGAUACAUGUGUGUCAUUGGACGCAUCCAUUUUAUCACCGCCGGCAUGCUAACACUGACAUUUUACUGCUGUAGAUACAUCGAACAGGCAGAUAAAUAAAGUAAACGCAACGCAUCAAAAUCAUCAACGAGCAGAAAACAAGUAACGAGCAGAAAAUAAGUAACGAGCACAUGUAAAAAUGAAAAUACGAAAAAAAAAUUGCAGAAAAAAAUAAUCAACAUUGAACACACAGAGCGAGAACGAAAGAGAGAGAGAGAGAGAGAGAGAGAGAGCGAAAAAAAGGGAAUCGAACAUACAAAUCGCCUAUUUGACGUGUGUUAACAUUUAGUUUUGUAACUAAUAUGGCGUCGAUUGGUAGUGAAGAAAAUGCUGUUAAAGAAAUCGAGGGAGCACGACGUACGAGGUCAGGCAGAAAAGCUGCUACAACACCAGUAACCGUUGUUCCAGUUAGGAGUACACGCAGAUCAACACGAAAUAAAUCAAUUGACAACGGCAGCAGUGAAGGAAAUGAAAAGCGAAUUGAGGAAGGUGAGACGAUAGAGGAAGAAGAAACAGAGACAGAACACCAACAGCAACCCGAAGCGAUUGAGUUUGAAAGUGAAGACAUGAUGCAAAUCAAUUUAGAUGCAUUGCAAGAUCAAUCGUCCGCUGCUGCUGCUGAUGAUGAUGAUGCCGUUACGGAUGUUAAUCAACCAUCCGCCGAACCAAACGAUGGAACAUCCGUUCAAAUAGAUACCACCACCAUUACAACCACAACAGCUGAUGCCACCGAAAUAAAUAGUGAUUCAAGUAGUUUGCCGGCGAUAGCCGAAGAUCUACCAAAUGGUUGUAGUCAAGAUACAAAAAUUUCAAAUGAACUCGAUGCCGAAAUGGUGUCCGAAGAUGAAUUGCCCGCACCCGCACAGCCGAAAAUCGAUGAUGCCGAAGAUUUAUCGGAUGAAGAAUUGCCGGGACCGAAGCGGGCUGAGUUACCAGCCGACACGGAAGUUGUGUCGGAAGAUGAAUUUCCGUCGUCGAACAAAGCCAAACGGAAAAUUGAAGAUGGCCAAGAAGCAGACAAUACCAUAGAAAAUGCCGAAACUCCAAAGAAACGUGCAAAAUCAGAAGUUGACAUCAAAGAAGCGGAAAAACCGGCUGAGCCUAGCGAAAAAGUGAGCCAGAGAAAAACACUACCCGACCUUGAUAGAUAUUGGAAAGCGGUUAAUGAUGACCCAAGCGAUUUCACUGCCUGGACAUAUCUGUUGCAAUAUGUGGAACAAGAGAAUGACAUUGAGGCAGCCCGUGAGGCGUACGAUGCAUUUUUGGCACAUUAUCCAUACUGUUAUGGCUACUGGCGAAAGUAUGCCGACUAUGAAAAGCGGAAAGGAAACAAAAAGAAAUGCGAAGAUGUGUUCGAGCGAGGAUUGAAGGCGAUACCAUUGUCCGUGGACUUGUGGAUACAUUACUUGACGCACGUGAAACAAAAUUAUGCGGAGAAUGAAACGUUUGUUCGUUCACAGUUUGAGCGUGCGGUAACGGCGUGCGGUUUGGAAUUUCGAUCUGAUAAACUGUGGGAAGCCUACAUCAAAUGGGAGACUGAAAAUAAACGCCUAAAUAAUGUGAUCAGCGUGUAUGAUAGACUGUUGGCAACACCGACUCAAGGCUACAGUAGCCAUUUUGAAAAUUUCCAAGAAAUCGUUAGCAACAAUGCAAUUACAUCAUUGAUAUCGGUGGAAGAGUUUAAGCGUCUUCGCGCCGAAGUGCGUGAUGCGGUGACAAAAGAAGCGACCGACGAUGAUUCAACACUGGCGCCGGGUGAAGAAGAGCCUGACGAUCAUGUACGAAAUGAGACGGAAGCAUCGGCGAUCAAAGAAAAAUUGCUGAGUGGUUAUCGUAAAGUGCAUAAAAAUACGGUAGCAGCGGUGACAUCACGUUGGUCCUUUGAAGAGGGUAUUAAACGGCCGUAUUUCCAUGUGAAACCGCUUGAACGAUGUCAAUUGAAAAAUUGGAAGGAUUAUUUGGAUUUUGAAGUUGAACAUGGUGAUCGUAAGCGUAUUUUAGUGUUAUUUGAACGUUGUCUCAUCGCAUGCGCAUUGUACGAUGAGUUUUGGUUAAAAAUGAUCCAUUACCUUGAGUCGCAGCCCAACGAAUCGGAGAUUCAGCAAAAGACACGUGAAGUGUAUGAACGUGCGUGCACCAUACAUCAUCCGGAGAAGCCAAGCUUACAUUUACUGUGGUCAGCAUUCGAAGAGCAAUUGGGCAAUUUGAAUAAGGCCGCCGAAAUUUUGAGUAAUUUAGAUAAGACCUGUCCAAAUCUAAUGCAAGUAGCAUAUCGUCGCAUCAAUUUGGAACGAAGGCGUAGUGAUUUUGACAAAUGUUCACAGCUGUAUGAACAUUAUAUAGUAAAUACGAAGAAUAAAACGACUGCCGGUAGUUUUGCCAUCAAAUAUGCUCGAUUCUGCCAUAAAAUCAAGCGUGACAUUAAUGGUGCAAUGGUAAUUUUACAAACGGCACUGGAUAAAGAUCCAAGCAAUGCACGGAUCGUGCUACAAAUGAUCGAUUUGGCAUUGCAACGGCACACAAUCGACGAGAAAGAGGUGGUCAAAAUUAUGGACGAUUUUUUGGCACGCGAUAACAUUGACACCGACCAAAAAGUGCUGUUUACACAGCGCAAAGUCGAAUUUCUGGAAGAUUUUGGACAAUCGGCCGCCGAACUACAAGAUGCUCAACGAUUACUACAGACCGCACUUAGCAAAGCGAACGAAACCAAAAAUAAAUCAAGUGAGUCACCGCAAAAGAAGACACCAAAAGAUAGUAGCACAACACAACAGCCAUCAUCAGCGUGUCCACCGUCAGCCACCUACAAUAGUUCGUAUUAUAAUUCGGGUAAUUCCGCAUACUAUGGUAAUAAUCAGCAGCAGCAGCAACAACAGUAUGGAGCUCAAGCGUAUGGCGCCGAUUACAGCACUUAUUACAAUAAUUAUAGUAACUAUGGUCAGUGGAGUUAUGGAUGGUAACGAAUUGUUGUUGAGAAGCUAAAAUCCAAUGUUUAUUUCAUUUCUUCUUUUAUUUGUUUUUGUUUUUUUUUUUAAAUAAAUGAAAACAAAACACAAAAAA